AUGGCCACCAUCCAAGAGGUCCUCGACCAGGUCGCUGCGUUGCCCACCGCAUCCAAGCCUUACAUCAACCCUUAUGCCGGUCACCGCGCACUCUCCGAACACGAGCAGGAACUUUUAGGCGAAUACGCUCGUCUCGCUGAUACUAUCCGACGCGUGGCUGCACUAUCAACUAUCCUCUCCUCCUCAUCUGCCCACGCCUCUCUCCUCACACAGUUGCGCGUCCUCGAGCGCAAGAUGGGUCUCGUUCUCACUCUAUACAAGGCCUCAGUAUGGGCUACGGUGCAAGAGCAAGCAGAAAUGGCCGAAGCGGAAGCAAUGGCUGCAGCGGGAGCAGAAAUGAACGGAUACAGUAUGGACAUGCAAAUGGGCAUGUAUGACCAGGGGGAAGGUGGUGCGUAUUACUAUGGUGGUGGGGCGCCCUCAGAAUCGCGUGAGGCAGAUGAUACUGUGGUGAUGCGUCAGAAUGAACACUACUGA